CAUUUAGUCCGUUUUAUGUUUCCAGUAGGAAUUGAUUGACACUCCAGGCCGUUCGUUUCUGUGGGCAGUAAAAACCACGAACGAACGGUCGUGUCUAUAGUUGAUGGGUUUAUUUGCUUUCUGCCUGUAUCGCCUUUGUUAUAUAUCCUUAUCGUUGAGUGUGUUUUAGAUAAGACAGGCCGUCUUUUCCUGGACUAAAAUAACUGUUGAAAUUGUUGGCGAUUUAACGUUCGGCUGCCGGCCAAGGUUGUCGCAACAAUGUUCAAGUCUGCAAGGUGUUUUAACUACAGAAUUUUGCUGCCAGUGCUUUUGAUUUUUGCUGUCGCGAUUUUUGUUUGCAUUCGAUUCGCACGUCAGACUGAUUCCACGCAAACCGGCAAUUCAAUUCACUCGCAAACUGCUGAGACUGUGACGAAUCUAAAACAAAUCAGCGUACAGUCUUCGUCGUGUAAUAAAACGAUCGGAGCGGAGAAUGUGGCGACGUCGAACGACGCGUUCCAGUGGUGCAGUGCGGAUUCAUCCGCACGCGGAAUGCACCAAAAGGUCAUCACGUUCACCUUGUUCGGUGCAGCCAACAUUUCCCUUUUCAGUCGUUACGAUUCGCUGUUGAGAAACAUUUCGACAACGUCAAGGCAAAUGUAUCCGGGCUGGAUCGUGCGGAUUUACCACAAUUUCCACAAUGAAUCCGAAACGGAACGAUCGAUACUCAACCAGUUGUUCGAUUUGAGUUGUCAGUUUGAUCACGUUGAUUUGUGCAGCAUUGCGGAGUUGAUUGCAAGAAUUCCGGCACUGACGCCCAUCGAUCCAGCCCUUAUUAAAGGCCUCAACCCGAGAAUGUUGCGCUUUCUGGUUAUGCUCGAUCCGAAUGUGGACAUUUUCAUUUCGCGAGACACCGACAGUGUCAUUUGGCGGAGGGAAGUGGAUGCGGUCAACGAAUGGCUUCGUUCCAACUACACGUUCCAUUUGAUGAGGGAUCAUAAAAACCACACUGCAAUCAUCUUGGCCGGAAUGUGGGGAGCUAAACUACAUCAGCGAAGAGACCUAAUCCAAGGUUUAACAAGAGCUUUAAUCCUGUGUGGCCAGGAUACGAAUAAAAAUACGGACCAGAACUUGCUAGAAAAAAUUGUUUGGCCGACAGUCCAAUACGAUGUGAUGGCGCACGAUAGCUAUCAUUGUGAAUAUAAAGGUCUACUCAACAAGUCACUGCUGAAGAUGUACCCGUUCCCGACCGAGCGCAAUGGCAGUUCCUUCGUUGGCGGUGUCGGACUGAAGCUCGAACCGUCCAAAUGUCCAGAGGCAUGUCGACCUCCUGAUCACAAAGAGUGGCAAUACUGUUAACCGUCAACCAAUUUAUUUUUAUUUUCUUUUAAACAAUUCAUGUCAUUGAUGUGUUUCACUCUUUGUAAUGUUGCAAUGCGGCUGGUGUAACAUCCGGUUUGCGGAGGUCGUAGAGAUCGAUGGGAAGUGGGGGCCAACCUUUUUUCAAAAGCAUUCGUUGUACUUUGUCGAUGGAAGACAUCAAUUUGGCGUAAUGUUUCGAUGAAAGUGGAACCCUGAAAGAGCCAAAUUCAAUAUUUGAUGAGACUUUUAAUUUAAAAAAAAAAAUCUGAUUACAAGAAUUCUUACGUGAGUUUUUUAGUGCGCUUGCGAUCCGAACGAUUCUUGUGUUGCAGAGUGCAACGCAUCCGUUCCGGAUCGACAGGUGGACGAUUGGGAUCGGUGAAAUGAAUGGCUUUUAAUAAACGUCUCAGUUCAUUCUCA